AUGAGCUCUCGGUUUAUUAGGUUUUUUGUUCUAGCGCUCUUGUUAUUGCUAAUACCUUCUUUUAUAUAUCUAUCGCACACGCGAGUGGGUUUGGUACGCAAUCCUCAGACCGGGGAAUGGAUGGUCGGGGGUGCUAUGCAAUCUAAGCAGGGCUACGAUCCAGUGUGGAUGAAAGGUCCUGCUACAACCCCCUACUAUGAUAUGGGAGGGUUGGAUAAGAUCAUCAAAAGUAUGCCCAACCCUACAUUGUCUGUGACAGAACAACCUAACCCCCUCCCUCCCAUUCGACCGGUGGUAGAGCGUCCCGUGGAUGGUGCUUAUGCUCCUGAAAUGACAAACGCUACAGCAAAGGCUGAGCUUGGCCGCUCGACAUGGCGCUUCCUUCAUACAAUGAUGGCUCGAUUUCCCGAGCAUCCUACAAAAGAGCAGAGCGAGAAUUUGCGCGAGUUCCUUCAUUUAUUUUCACUCUUAUACCCAUGCGGCGAUUGUGCAGCACAUUUCCAGCAAAUGCUAAAGGAAUGGCCUCCUCAGGUGCUUUCACGGAAGAAUGCGGAACUAUGGCUAUGUAACUUGCACAAUAAGGUGAACAAGCGGCUUAAGAAGCCGGAAUUUGACUGCGCCAAACUGAAUGAGACAUACGACUGUGGAUGCGGGCCCGAGCAACCAGGGAGUGUCUCGUUGGUCAAUCCACAAGAAGCGACUGGAAUGGCAAAAAUUAUGCCGAUUGGGGUUGCAUAG